AGCAGGCAUUCAGGAGCUAAAGGACAGCCCAAAGAACCGAAGGAGCAACAGUCGCGGAGGCAACGUCGAGACGCAUGCACGCUCCAUGCUCGCCGCUGGCUGAUGGCCAAAGUCGGAAUUGGAAUUGGAAUCGGAAUCGGGACAAUUGAAUCGAACGCCGAACGCAAAGGAAUCGACGAGGAACCCUUCCCGCAUCAAGCAUACGCCCCAUUGCGCCGCACACCUGUGGAUAGAGUGCAGCAUGUCAACUUCAAAGCAUCAGCGUCAGCAUCACCAUUACCGAGCCGGCUGCGUGUGGCUCCUCCUCCUGCUCUCAUCGGCCAGUGCCGCCGUGAGUGCGAUAGCGGAGCCCGAGGAGGCGGCCUUCCAAGGUCACUGCGGACACACCAGCCCCUGCGAGCAGCUCUGCUACGAGAUCCACGAUGGCAUGUACGAGUGCGAUUGCAUCGAGGGCUACGAGCUGAACAAGAACGGUUACAGCUGUCAAGUAAUUAAUGCCACUGCCAAUGGUUCCGAUGGGCGUGGCAAGUCCGACGAGGAUGUGCUGUACCAGAAGGGCGCCUCCUUCAGCGCCAAGCUGGCCAACGAUGACGGCAAAUCGAUGGCCAAGUCCUCGGACUUUAGAGGAUCUGCUUUGCAAGCCGGCUCGCCGCCAGAAGGCAACAGCGAGGACGAGUCCGGAUCGGAGGGCGAUAGCUACGAUUACGGUGAGGUAGAGGAUAGCAUUUCGGAGACACAGGAGCAGCGGAAGCAGCAAUCGCUGGAUGCCCAGAAGCAGCAGCAGCAGCAACAGCAACAGAAAGUCAAUUCAAACGAUUACUACAUAUCAGCCGAGAGCAUCAACUUUAACUCGGAGUCCGAGGGAGUCCAGGAGCCGGAUGUGGCUGACUUCAAAGCGGUCAGCACCGCGCCUCCGUCUACUGCGACGCCGCCAACAACGACGACAAGGAGCACCACCACGACUACGCGUAGAUCCCCCACGGCAGCCCAGACCCAGAACCAAUUGGACACCGAUUACGGCGAUGGAGACGACUAUAGCUACAGCUACAAGUCGGACAUGUCCGUCUACGACGACGUCAACAAUAAUCAAUUAAACUUAAGACGCAACAGCAAAUCGCAAACAUAUCAGCAGACAAGCAAUACGAAUAGCAACAGCGCCAAGAACCGAAGGAGGAACAAUAACAUUAGCAGCAGUAAGGUCCAAAUGCAUAUCACGAGGGAGUCCACCUCGCAGCUGGGCAACAUAUCAGGAGCGGAGCAGGCGCCGUCGGACGUGGUCAUGGCAACAGACAGCGGCCCCAGUUGCAAUCUGGACUGUGGCACCGAGGGAAUCUGUGCCUUGGAGGCCACUGCCGCCAGCUCCCGCUGCCUUUGUCCCUUUGGCAAGACAGGGCCGGGUUGCCAGGAAGACAUUCGUGCCCAUGUACCCCGCUUUGCCAAGCGAUCCUGGCUGGCAUUUCCGGCGCUCCAUGGCGCCUACAAGCACGUCCAGCUGCGCAUCGAGUUCCGUCCAGAAUCCUUCGACGGCAUCAUUCUUUUGAGUGGAGAGCGGGAUGACUUAACCGGGGACUUCAUGGCUCUCCUGCUGAACAAGGGAUUCGUGGAGUUCUGGUUCGACUGCGGCUCCGGUGUGGGUAGUGUUCGAUCCAGGGAGACCAUUCUGCUGAACGAAUGGAACUCGGUAAUCAUCUAUCGUCAUCGCUGGGAUGCCUGGCUGGUGCUUAACCAUGGCACCAAGGUCCAGGGUAGAUCGAAUGGCUUGUUCUCUCGCAUCACCUUCCGGGAGCCGGUAUUCCUGGGAGGUAUUGGUAACAUCACGGGAUUGGCCAAGCGGUUGCCUCUGGCCGAGGGCUUUGCCGGCUGCAUACGUCGCUUUGUGGCCAACGAACAUGACUACAAGUUCACCGAACAUCCUUUGGGCGAUGUCAUUAAUGGAUUUGAUAUACAGGACUGUUCCACGGACAAGUGCGUAAGGUAUCCCUGCCAGCAUGGCGGCAAGUGUCUGCCCUCGGAUCAGGGUGCCAUUUGUCUGUGUCCCAUAGGCUUUGUGGGAGAUCUGUGCGAGAUUCGCAUGGACCUGCAGGUACCCGCCUUCAACGGCUCUUCGUUCCUGCGCUACGCUCCGCUGGGCGACAGUGCUCUUAUCUGGUUGGAGUUGAAGGUUACCCUGAAGCCUGAACAGUCUGAUGGACUGAUCCUGUACUCAGGUCCGGAACAUCGAGGUGAUUUUAUAGCCCUGUACCUCAACGAGGGCUUUGUGGAGUUUGCCUUUGACCUGGGCAGUGGUCCGGCUUUAGUCCGGAGUGAGCAUUCCCUUAGUCUGGGUCAAUGGCACACCAUCAGGAUCUCUCGAACGGCUCGCCUGGCGGUGCUCAAGGUGGAUCAAUAUCAGGAGGUGAUGACCAUCUCGUCGAAUGGCUUCUGGCACUUGUCUUUGGACCAGAAUCUCUUUGUGGGCGGCGUUAACCACGUAGACCGGCUCCCACUGGACCUCAAGUACAAGCCCUUCUUUGUGGGCUGCAUCCAGAAGAUUGAAAUCAAUGGCCACUCUCUGGGCAUUGUGGCGGAGGCACUGGGGGGCAGCAACAUUGGCAACUGCCCCCACGCCUGUGUGGCCCGGCCCUGCGGUCCCCUGGCGGAGUGCGUUCCCCAGAUGGAGACCUACGAGUGCCGCUGCAGCAUCCACAACGAGCGCUGCAACAAGGCCGCCGAAGUGCCACCAGAGCAGCUGCCGGAGCUGGGCAUCAUUCACAAGUCCAAGGUCCUUGAGACAAAGGACAAUGGCGAGGCAGUGAAGAAGGUUGCUGGCUUGCCGCACAAGAAGCAUUCAAAGAAGCACAGGAAUUUGCAUAAGCCAACCCCUGCCACGAGCACAAGUAUCUCCACGUCCACCACCACCACGACUAGCGCCCCAACCAGUACGUCCGCAGCUCCUGAGUUGAACGAGGCAGCCACAGCGGGGGCGCUGAGCAACGAGGAAAUCGAAGAUGAUAUCAUAUUCCGCUUUGUGCAGCAACAACAGCAGCAGAAAGAGCUCAGGGAACAUCACCAGACGUCCACCACCACGGCCCCGCCCAAGCCCAGGCCCAAGCUGUCCGGGAAACACCUAGCCAGCAAGCACGAGCACCAUCAGAAGCCCAACGCGGCCUUCGCCCGCAAGCUGAGUCGCCUGCCCACCCACUAUGAAAGUUUCCAGACGAACCCCGACAGCGACAUCCUCACCUUCGAGGACAACAACGAUUGGGUGGCCAGCCUGCAGCAGCAGGAGUAUGCCGAUGCCAUGGCAGCAUCCAGCCAGACGCCAACGGGCAGCCUGCAGGAGGAGGAGGUUCACCCCAAGCCAAGCGAAGACAACGACAAUGAGGAGGAUGCGGAUGCCUUUGUGUUCGACGAGACACUGUUUGACGCCUCGGACGGCACAGAGGAGUAUCAGCGCAAGCAGCUGGCUCAGGAUAUGAAACGCAUCAUGUCCAACUCCAACACGCACUCCAGCCACAAGAAGUCCGAGGUCCAAGCCCCAUUCCAGUCCAGUCCCGUCCAGUAUGCGGCCUCGCCCAACGAAGAUGUCUCGCAGUCGCAAUACAGCGAUGAUUACAACGACGAUGAGUUGCUUACCCCCGUGAUGCAGGCGGGCGAGGAUGCGCCGCUCAAGUCGGAGCAACAUGCCUCCAGCACACCGCAGACUCAUACCGAUUGGAGCCUGCUCAAGAAGUUUGACCUGUCCGCCGAGCAUCAGUCGCAGGUGCAGGGCGUCCGUAAGAACUUCGGAGCCUGCUUCGCCGGCAGCGAUAGCUAUUUUCACUACAACGACGCGGACACCAUGAGCCAGGUGAUCAGCUACAGCAUCGAUCUCAAUCUGCGCAUCAAGACGCAUUCCGAGAAUGGUGUGAUCCUGUGGACGGGGCGCCAAGGAACAACAGAGGAACACGAUGACUAUCUAUCCUUGGGAAUUGAACAGGGGUACUUGCACUUCCGCUAUGAUUUGGGUUCUGGAGAGGUGGACAUCCGGUUCAAUGGCACCAAGGUCAGCGAUGGCCUGUGGCAUCGAGUGAGAGCCAUAAGGAACUCCCAAGAGGGAUAUCUUGAGGUGGAUGGCAGAAAGACAGACACGCUUAGAACGCCGGGUAAGCUCCGCCAGCUAAACACGGACACGGGCCUGUAUGUGGGCGGCAUGCCCGAUGUGGGUUACUUCACGCACCAACGCUACUUCAGCGGCAUCGUCGGCUGCAUCUCAGAGAUUGUGCUGGCCGGCGAGAUGAAGCUUAACUUCGAUCCCAACACGCUGGGAACGGAGCACAACGUGGAGACGGGCCUCCUAUGAAACGCUGUACCGCACGCACGCCUCAAGACUUUUGAUAACGACUAGUUUAAAUGUUAUGUUAGCCACACAAAUGUCCUUUGUCGGUUUGUGUUUGUACAAAUACGCUUUUAAAACAAAAACAGAGAACGAACGAGAGGAAGGAUUACAGGAGGAGCAUUUUUUUACACCAUGAGAUGGAGACGAGGAAGGAGAUGAUGAUGCAGGUGGACGAGAAGAUACUAUCUAGAAGGGAAACAUACUACAUAUUAUAUACAAGCAUAUUGAGUAUAUACAAAGGCAUACACAUAGAUAUAUAUAUAUACAUAUAUAUAUUUAAAGCAGAGGAAAACAAAAAUCGAAAAACAAAAGGGCACGCUUUGAAUAGAGCCUGUGACUGUCAAUACUUCAGAACGGAAUAGUUUAUAUAUAACUUUAGCAAACAAAACAAAAAAAAAUAAGGAUUUAUAUAUGGAAGGCGUGCAAGUCAUAUAGAAUAUGAAACGAAAGCGGAAAUUCGAUAAUCGGAGUAACUGUCCAUGGCGCGAUUAGCGAUUAACAACUAACGAUUAAAACGAUUAACGAAAUUCAAUAUAGCGAUACUUUAGUGUGUGGUCGCUUUUUAUUGAACGAACCGUUACGCUUUUACACGCUGAGCUGCCAUCUUUUUGUACCACACACACACACACACAAACGACACACACCUAACACACGGUUACAAAUGCAAAUAUUGGCAAUUCUUUCGUUUUUCGCAUUGCUGUACCUUAAACUAUAUGAACUGUAAACUGUAUAACUGUACAUUCAGCACUAUUUGGCGCUUCUUGGAAGGUCCAGUGUCCAAAAGAACAAAAAUCGAACGAAUCAAAGAGCGAAAAGCGAAGGAUGUUAGAGAACGGAACAAACAUAUUAAGUGGUAAGUUAAUAAAUGUGUAGCGUGUACUAGCUCGUAAGUUGGCACACACUCGACACUCAACACAAACACACACACGCCUGCCUAUAUUAACUUUUAUAUCAAUUAACAAAUCGUAAGAGAUACUAAAGACACCAAAGAUACUUAAGACAUACGUAAGGACACUUACACAAAACACUACUCGAACACACGCUAACCCAGAAUUGAAACUUGUGAGCGAUUUUUAACAAUUUAUACUACAAACACAAUACAACUACACACCACAAACAAAA